AUGACGUCCAAGUGGGUCCCAUUGGAGGCCUCUCCAGAUGUCUUUAACGAGUGGUCGCGAUCUCUCGGUUUACCUGACUCUCCACUAUCUUUUCAAGAUCUCUUCUCACUGGACGAAGAGUUCCUCCAAUUUGUCCCUAAGCCAGUGAAGGCUGUCCUUUUACUCUUCCCUCAGCGAGGCAAACUGGCAGAAGCGAGGAAAGAAGAGGAAGAACGAGGUGAAGGCAAAUGGGAUGGAGACGUGUGGUACAUCAAGCAGACCAUCCCAAAUGCUUGUGGCUCCAUUGGACUUCUUCAUGCUCUGUUGAACUUGCCUUCUUCUGGAGAAUAUGCCCUUAAACAAGAUUCUCCAUUGAUCCAUUUCAAGACGGCGUCAGUACCUCUCAGUCCUCUCGACCGAGCCAAAUUAUUGGACAAGGCGGAUUUCUUCGAAGCUGCUCAUACGGUCGCUGCUCAAUCCGGUCAAUCUGCUGUCCCUCAAGGCGAGGAUGUGGACGUAGAUACACAUUUCAUCACAUUCAUCGAAGCUGAAAACAGUAAAGGGGAAAAGCGAGUGGUAGAACUCGACGGAGGGAGGAAUGGGCCUUUUGACCGAGGAUUAUGCAAUGAUCUCUUGAAAGACGUGGCCAAAAUCGUACAGGACAAGUACAUCGCUCAGAGUGACGAGAUCAACUUCACCAUGCUGGUUCUCGCUGGAGAUCAGGAAUGA